AUGAAAGCUCUCAGAUAUAGAAGAGAUUUAUUCCGUAACCGGACUCAACGUUAUGUUCCAAAGAGAGCCUUCGAAACCAUCGGAAAUGCUCUCCGUCUCAACACGUUUCUCCGUAAUCAGGAUGCAACUCAAAUCGAAAAAAUCUCGUCGGCAAUGUAUCCGGUCGAGGUUCAAGCCGGAGCAAUUAUCAUUCGUCAGGGAGAUUUGGGGUCAAUUAUGUAUGUCAUUCAAGAAGGAAAAGUGCAAGUUGUGAAGGAUAACCGAUUCGUCCGUACAAUGGAAAGGGAGCUCUUUUCGGUGAACUCGCCAUUCUUCAUCACUGUGAGAGGACUGCAACUGUUAGAGGUGAGAAUAUUGUGA